AUGGCAACUUCAAGCACACAAAAAACACUCGAGGCGACAUCCCGUUUACAAAUUAAGGAACAAUCUAUUGAAGAGAUGUAUGGCGUACCUGAAAAUUUUCUCGAAAUUGAAGUACGAAAUCCGCAGACUCAUGGCUUUGGCCGGAAAAUGUAUACCGAUUACGAAAUUGUGUGUAGGACGAAUAUUCCUGCAUUUAAACUUGAAAAAUCAUCUGUCAGAAGGCGCUAUAGCGAUUUUGAAUGGUUCCGUGACGUUUUAGAGCGAGAGUCAUCAAGGGUGAAUAUUCCGCCACUGCCAGGCAAAGUGUUCACCAACCGUUUUUCAGACGAAGUCAUUGAGACUCGACGCGAGGGACUCGAGAGAUUUCUUCAAAUUGUUGCCGGUCACCCUCUUUUACAAACUGGUAGCAAAGUCCUUUCGGCCUUCAUCCAAGACCCCAAUUUCAGUCGCGAGAACUAUUCUUAUUAG